AUGGAGAAGAAGACGGGGAGCCUCUUUGACAACCUAACCUCUAUCUUUCAAUGGAGGGAGGGUCGAAAGGUCCUUGGUCAUGAAGGGCGCCCAAUUCAAGAUUUGAACACACUGAUAGGGAGCGGCCCACAUAGUGCUCUUACUGCUGGCUCUUCUCGAGAGGGGAGUUCUAAGGCGACUGCUCCUUCUUCAGUAGGAGGGAAGAAAAGGAAGAGCUAUGCCCCUAUCAGUACUUAUGCACCAACUCGGGCUGUCAAACCUGCUCCAAAACGCAGGAGUGAAAAAAUUUCAGUCAUCUUAGAAUCAGGAGGUAGCUCUUCAUCUUCUAUCUCUAGUUCAUUUACUCCCCCUUUCGAGUCACCCUUUGCCCUUUCUCCAUCCUUUACUUCUCCUGAGCUGUUUUCUACCUCUUUAGAAACUGCGGUAGAUGAACCUAGCCCCCCUAAACCUAUUGUCAUCGAUUCUGAUCAAGAGGUGACUCCAGAACUUGAGGUGAUGCCUCUAAGUCAAAGGGUGACUCCUGAGUCAGAUCCAGUUCCAAUGGAGAUCAAUGGGGUUGAAGGCACUACAGUUAUUGCUCAAGGGGAGAAACCUGACACUAACAGAACCUCUGACCCUCAGGAGGUUGCUGCCCUGACUGAGACAGGGGCUGUGGUCAUGGAUAAUGAGGGCCCAAGCAUCUUUCAAGAGGAAGGCCCUAUGGUUAGUGAGGCACCUGAGCAUCCAGAGGCUGCUGCCCCAAAGUGCGCAGGUCAUGAAGAUGAAGGGGUUGAGCGUUUUGUGAUAGAGGUUCUGGCUGUGGGUGAUGCAGACCAAGUAGAAGAGGUCGCGGCUGAGAUUGUAGGUCACAUGGAGGAGAUAGCCCCUGAACUUGUCGAGGCUGAACUGACAGUUCAGGAAGGUGAAGAACAAAGAAGAGAUGCUGGCCUUAAAAUUAUCGAAGCCAUGGCAGAGGGUGAGAGACAAGGGGAAGAGGUUGUUUUGGAGCACGCUGAGACCGGAGUGGUGGUCUCAGCAAAUGAAGGUCAAGGUGAGGAGGCUGGCAUUGAGGAGACCAAUGCUGAGGGGAUCGAGCAGCCUAAGAUUGGAGCUCCUUUUGAAUUUGAGGAGCCUGAGUCUUUGGUCUUCAUGAUUGCUCCAGAAUAG